GCCUUCCCAGUCCCGCCCACCCACGCCCAGGCGGCUCCCUCCAAUGACGCCCACAAAGACCGAGGGAACUUCAUCUUCACCGCGUCCAUCGCCUGCCUUUCGCUCGACUUCACCGCCGGUACCGGCGUUGGCCAGAAAGCUGUCGGCGGAGUCCAGACUCAGCUACCCUUCACCCGAGGAACCAGCUGCUGAACACCUGCUGACGCCGGUGGAGACUCCUGGGUCCCCGCCCCUUCACUCCUCCAGCACCUCUCCAGCCUCGGUUGCAACAUCCGCAGGGGUGUCUUCGCGCCCGGGGAGCGCCACGUCGGUUCAGGAUGAGGACGGACGCACCCUCAGCGUCACCUCCUCCGGAUACGAGUCUGGCAGGAGGUCGUCGGGGGAGCCACGGUCCCUCUCAGAGCCGCUCGUCUCCCCCGACAAGUGGGUCAUCUUAAAAAGCCUCUCCUCUCUCCGCCAGAACCUGUGGCGAAGGCACCAGGAGUUGUCCCAACAGCCGGACUCUGAUGGAUCAUGCUGACAAAUAAUUGCCGCCUCGGCGGCACAGCAAGGCUUCCCUGAUUCCCUGUCCCUUCCCACCGAGGCUAAUUCCAUAUUGCCCCACUCCGUAGAAGAACGCCUUUCCACUCCUGACGACCAACGCUAUCAAAACCCCAGUGAGGACGCCGAAGAAAUG